AUGCACGACUUUUGUGAUCCGCAUGCCAAUCUGGGCAAGGUGCCGCCCAUCUGGGUGCCGGACAACAUGGCCGGGCAGUGCAUGCAGUGCCACCAGAAGUUCACGAUGACCAAGCGGCGCCACCACUGCCGCGCCUGCGGAAAGGUGCUCUGCUCCGUCUGCUGUUCCCAAAAGUUUCGCCUGGAGUUUGCCAACGAGCCGGAGUCACGCGUCUGCGUCCAGUGCUUCAUGAUCCUCACGGAACGGGAGGCCUCUGGCGGCACUUACCCGGACAAUGCCUCCGCUCCUACCUCGGCCCUGCCGCCCACGCCCAUGCGCUCGCCGAACCCGAACAAUCCCAUGGAGUACUGCUCGACAAUUCCGCCGCACCAUCAGGUGGCCGCUAGUCCCGGUGCACCGCCGCCCAGCGUGAUUGUGCCCGUGGGCGUGCUCAAGAAGACCGAUGGCAGCUCCAACUCGAAUUCCUCAUCGUCGGACAGCAAGAAGGGGCGCAAGUGCAAGAGCGUCAUGUUCAGCGAUGGCAUCGCCCCAGGCAGCGAGCUGGCCAGCACCAUGGAGCAGCAGUGGGGCGAGGCCAAGCAGGCGCGUCGCGGCAUUCCCCGGAGCAACGGCGGUGGCCAGAAGCCACCCACACCGGCGACCGAGGAGCCACGAUCCAGUAUUGAGAGCGCCACCAGCACCACCAUGGGACUGGUGGCCCAACUAUUCCGCGGCUCCAUUCUACCAAGCGCCGCUGCGGCCACCCUCACGGCAGCCGAAUCAAGCGGUGGUCGUCCCACGGCCCAGACUUCGCCGCGUCGCAAGGCGGAGCCUGUGCGCUCACGAAAGCUGCCGCCAAAUGGCGAUGCCCAUGGCUGCUAUCUGCCCGUCGAGGAGAACGCCCUACCGCCCAUUUGUGUGGGGGGCAAGGAGGCCGGCAGCUGUGACGUGGACUACAAGGUGGUCCGCAACGAUGGGGAUCUCCUGGAGCGACUGCAACACGAGACGCUCAAAUUUAUCUUGAAGAACAACUUCUACGUUCUGGUCAAGAUCAUCAACAUGAGCUGCUGCAUGAACCGCUGGGUGCUGAACUUCACCACCUCCGGACUGCACCACAUGGGCAAUGACGAGCGGGUUAUUCUCCUGGAGAUUAAGCAGCCCCCCAAGCAGGGAGAACCAGCUGCAGGAGAGCCGGCAGUGCCGCGCGACGUAUUCCAGCACCUGUACGAGAUCUAUGUGGAGGCGGAGCAAGCACGCUCCAGCAUCCAGGAGCUGGCCUUCACCAGCCCCAGGAGCGCCAAUUUUCUUGGAUCGCGAGAGCACGGCGGCUUCAUCUACAUCCGGCCGACAUACCAGUGCCUGCAGGGCGUGAUCAUACCAGAGAAUCCGUAUCUGGUGGGCGUGCUGAUCCAUCGGCAUGAGGUACCGUGGGCCAAGGUGCUGCCGCUACGCCUGAUCCUUCGUUUGGGCGCCCAGUACCGCUACUAUCCCUGCCCGCUGAUCUCAGUGCGUGGUCGUGAGUCGGUGUAUGAGAUCGCUCAGACGAUCAUCAAUUUCCUGGUGGACUUUCGCAACUACUCGUACUCGCUACCCGCCAUUCGGGGCCUGUACAUCCACAUGGAGGACCGCCAGAUGACGGUGAUCAUUCCGCGAUACCGCCAGCAGGACGUGAUCAAGGCGAUCAACAAUGCCAGCGAUCACAUUCUGGCGUUCGCCGGCAACUUCUCAAAGGUGGCCGACGGUCAUCUGGUGUGCAUGCAGAACAUAAAUGACGACCGAAACGAGAUGUACGCCUACUCCACGCAGGCCAUAAACAUCCAGGGCCAGCCCCGUAAGGUGACCGGCGCCAGCUUCUUUGUGCUGAACGAGGCGCUCAAAAGUAGCAGCGGUUUGUCCGGCAAGUGCAGCAUCGUUGAGGACGGCCUCAUGGUCCAGAUAAUGCCCGCCAAAAUGGAGGAAGUGCGUCAGGCGCUGCGCAAUCAAACAGACAUCGACAUUGUGUGCGGUCCCAUCGAUGCCAGCGACGACCAAAGCGAGAUUGUCAGCAUCAAGUGGGUGGACAACAAUCGCGACAUUAAUGUGGGUGUAAAUUCGCCCAUCGAUGACAUGGCCAUGGAAGGCAUCUCCAAUAUGCGGGUGCAUGCCAGCUUUAAUUUUUCCAAUGCCAAUUAUGCCAUCCGUUUGAGCGAGAUCUACAUUGUUAAGUGCGCUGAUUGGUAAACGACAAAUGGUGGCAACUAUGCGGACAUCAGUCGCAUUUCCGAGCAACUGGCCCGAAGCACAUCGAUGGCCCUGCUACCAUUCCUGGAUCUGCUUGCAGCGGCUGGCAUUAAUAAGGUGGGCCUCCGUGCCACGAAAUCGAUAGAUAUAUACCCCCAUAUCCAAUAUUUAAUGCUAAUUCCGGUGGCCGGUGCUCGUGGAUCGAAGCUUCCGCCACUGUACAUGAAGCUUCAUGGCGAAUCGUCGGGCAUCCAGGAGCCCAUUAUCCUCGAGCUGGUGUUCUACAUACUAAAUGCCUGAAUAUAAUCCAUCCCCCCCUCAUAGUGCAAUUCUUCUGCUGGAAUCGAAAGCGAUAAGUGAAACGCGAAAUGCGAAACGCGAUACGGAAACCGUCUUAAGUCUAAGUCCUACGGCUGAUCCGUUCUCUAGUUGUAUUGUCCGGGUGGCUCAGCUACAACAAUAACUGUAUAUAUAUAUAUAUAAGUAGUUCCAUCGAUUGGGUUUU